AGUCAUCUAAUGAAGAAGCGAUGGAUAUUGAAAUGAAAAUUUAUGCUCCUAUUACGUGGGGCAUAAAGCCGAAAUUUAAAAUUCAAGAUUUUCGUGAAAAUAGACAUGAAGAAAUUCUGUUACUUAUUAAGCAUCACUAUUUUCGGGAGGAAGCGAUGUGCAGAUCGUCAAAGCUAUUAGACGAUGCAGUAUCGCUUCAUGAAUAUUUAAAUAUAAUUAGAAUGUGGAUGAACGAUACGACCAGUUUGGUGGCUGUGAGUGUGAAGUCGGGACGCAUUAUCGGCACAGUCAUAACACGGAUUAACAGAAAUUUUGACAAGACUAAUACUUACAGCCGCAUGCAGAUAUUGGAAGGACGAACUUUACAGUCCAUAUGGAAUCUAAAGAGUGCUUUGAUACUGCAAGCCAAUGCAUACGAAGCGAUCGGACACGACACGUACUUGCGGGUUUACAUUCUUAGUGUUCAUCCUUCGUACAAGGAGGAAGGAGUCGCCGAGGCUCUUCUCCUAGCCACUGCACGUCUUGCUAUACAAAUGAAGAUAUCAGCCAUUGGUGGAAUUUUUACAACGGAAGAACAUCAACUAAGUGCUUAUAGGGUCGGAUUUUCAUUAAACAGCGAAAUAUUUUACGAUAAGUGGAUGGAAAAUAAUAAUGUCGUCUUCAAGAAUCCCGGUAAGAAUAACGUAUCAGCAAAAUUUAUGAGCAUGUUAACACCCAACAGGGAGGCGUUGGAAAAAGACGAAGUCAAGGAAAAUAAUUAG